AUGUCUACACUAGCCGAGCCCGAAAAGAAGGUCGAGACGAACACCUCGACGACUGUGGUGGAGAUUAAGGUCGAGGAGACGCAGCAUGAAGAAACAGAGCCUGAGGACCGAGACUCCAAGGAAACAACGCCUGACAAGGUCAAGCCUGAACUCCCUACAAUCAAAGCACCGAAAUCCCCCAAGCCUGCCAGACCAACCAUCAAGACACCUAUCUCGGCCUUUCCGUCAGAGCUUCCUAGAAGUCCAGCUUCAGCACGUAUAGAGGCGAUCAAACAGGAAGAUGACCUCAAGACACCUCUUACCCCUCCUACAGCCUACACCGAGUUCCUCAAGGCUUUGUCACCAGCAGUCACGACACCUUCGACUGGUCGCAGCCCUAUUUUUGAUCGGUUGUACUCUGGAAAGACUACUCCCCUUACACAGCCAAACAGUGCUGCAAGCUGCCCUUGCAGUGCCUACGAGCCUCCAUUGAAAACUGCCGCGUCAGCGCCCAUCAUCCCACCUUCCCCAUACAACAUGCGGCCUCCAAACUCUGCCCGCACACCUACCGCACUCCGAGCACUCCGAAUCCCACAGUCGCCGGUGUGGUCUCCCGCCUCAGAGUCGCCCCACAGCGCUUGCCACUCAUUGCGAUCUCCCUUUUCAUCUGCUGAUUGGAACCCGGACAAAAUGAAGAGGAUGUAUGAAUCGCCUCGGUCAGCCACGCAGAAACCCGUCAGCGUUCGGCAAGUCGUGACACGAACAGUGACCUAUACGAGAUCACCCAUCACGCCCCUUGACCCGGCUCCUAAGGGUAAAAAGAGGCGCAUGGAAUGA